CGGCUCUCGGCCUGCGCUUGCGGAAACCGGAAGCGGCGGCUGUCUGCGGUGCCGGUUGGGGGCGGAGGGGUGGUGGUGGGCGCCUUGGGGUGUGUGAGCCCCGUGAUGGAGCCGGGCCCGACAGCUGCGCGGCGGAGGUGUUCGUUGCCGCCGUGGCUGCCGCUGGGGCUGCUGCUGUGGUCGGGGCUGGCCCUGGGCGCGCUCCCCUUCGGCAGCAGUCCGCACCGGGUCUUCCACGACCUCCUGUCGGAGCAGCAGUUGUUGGAGGUGGAGGACUUGUCCCUGUCCCUGCUGCAGGGUGGAAGGCUGGGGCCUCUGUCGCUGCCCCCGGACCUGCCGGAUCUGGAUCCCGAGUGCCGGGAGCUCCUGCUGGACUUUGCCAACAGCAGCGCAGAGCUGACAGGGUGUCUGGUGCGCAGCGCCCGGCCCGUGCGCCUCUGUCAGACCUGCUACCCCCUCUUCCAACAGGUCGUCAGCAAGAUGGACAACAUCAGCCGAGCCGUGGGGAAUACUUCAGAGAGUCAGAGUUGUGCCAGAAGUCUCUUAAUGGCAGAUAGAAUGCAAAUAGUUGUGAUUCUCUCAGAGUUUUUUAAUACCACAUGGCAGGAGGCAAAUUGUGCAAAUUGUUUAACAAACAACAGUGAAGAAUUAUCAAACAGCACAGUAUAUUUCCUUAAUCUGUUUAAUCACACCCUGACCUGCUUUGAGCAUAACCUUCAGGGGAAUGCACAUAGUCUUUUACAGACAAAAAAUUAUUCAGAAGUAUGCAAAAACUGUCGUGAAGCAUACAAAACUCUGAGUAGUCUGUACAGUGAAAUGCAAAAAAUGAAUGAACUUGAGAAUAAGGCUGAACCUGGAACACAUUUAUGCAUUGACGUGGAAGAUGCAAUGAACAUCACCCGAAAACUUUGGAGUCGAACUUUCAACUGUUCAGUCCCUUGCAGUGACACAGUGCCUGUAAUUGCUGUUUCUGUGUUCAUUCUCUUUCUACCUGUCGUCUUCUACCUUAGUAGUUUUCUUCACUCAGAACAAAAGAAACGCAAACUCAUUCUGCCCAAACGUCUCAAGUCCAGUACCAGUUUUGCAAACAUUCAAGAAAAUUCAAACUGAGACCUACAAAAUGGAGAGUUGACAUAUCACGUGAAUGAAUGGUGGAAGACACAACUUGGUUUCAGAAAGAAGAUAAACUGUGAUUUGAUAAGUCAAGUUCUUAAGAAAUACAAGGACUUCAGAUCCAUUUUUAAAUAAGAAUUUUCCAUUUUUCUUUCCUUUUCCACUUCUUUCUAACAGAUUUGGAUAUUUUUAAUUUCCAGGUGUAGCAAUGUUAUCUAUUUUAAUGUGUAUUUGUAACAAUAACAGAAGAUGCAAGAACAAUCAUUAUUUUAUUUUAUAGGCAUUUUAUCACUAUUCUAGACUUCUGGUAUUAAUAAGAAUAACAUAAGUAUCUCAAGUAGAAACGUUUUUGAAAACUAACAUUUAAAAAUUAAUUGGUUGGCCAGGCGCAGUGGCUCAAGCCUGUAAUCCCAGCACUUUGGGAGGCCAAGACGGGCGGAUCACGAGGUCAGGAGAUUGAGACCAUCCUGGCUAACACG